AUGACGUGGCGAGAACGUCUUCUACACACGUGCAAUUUUAACAAGAAAGUGCAUUUUUCUUGCACAUAUAUUCGGGUUUCUUGCCAUUCCUUCGGGAUAGACGAUGACUCCUUUACAUGUCACCAUACUAAUUUUAUCAGCAGUUCUACACUACUGUUUCUCGAAAGUUGGUUUUCCUAAGGAUCAGAAGAUGGAUGUCUUAUUUCCGCCCUACAUCGUCCCUUCCGGUCAAGGAAUUCCUGAUGGUCACCUCCGUCCUUUAGGCUGGCAGAAAAGAUCCAGUGGUAGGAUUAUGGAGACACCGGAAAUGCCGAGUGCGCAUUCUCUAUAUGUAAAGUACAUCAAGAACAACAAACCUGUCCUUAUACACGACGGCCUUCAGGAUGUCAAGGUCAUGAAAAACUGGGAGAUCGAUGUCUACCUUAAGCAACAUUUUGGAGAUUUGAAUGUAACGGUGACAGUGAAGAGACAAGCAGUUCAACAGCAUGUGCAGCACGAGCAGCAUGUGAUGAAGUUAAAGAAGUUUCUAAUGGACUACAUGUAUGAGGAAUGGUACCUCGUUACUUCGGUGCCUAAAAAAAUGAUGGCCGAACUUCCGUUGCCAAGUUGUUUGAAAUGUGGUACCUUCUACGAGCGGCUCUAUGAAGCACGUUUAUGGAUGAGUAGCGGUGGCACAUCGUCUCGGCUCCACAGUCAUGAAGACCACGACCUUCAUUGCGUGUUGUUCGGCAGGAAGGAUUUCAUUAUCAUCGAUGAAAAAUACAAAUGGAACUUUCAUUAUGAAGAAAAUUAUAAAAAUUCUGGCUCUGGUCACUCUCCUAUUGAUGUAGACAAAGUAAACAUGUUUAAGUUUACUGACGUCUCCAGGACUCCCUGGAACCACGCCACACUAUUGUCAGGGGAUUGCAUCCUUAUUCCAGCAGGAUAUUUACACCAGGUCCGCUCCUAUGGUCGCAGUCUUUCCUUUUCCAUCCUGUUCUCUCCCUCCAUGGAGUACGAUUCUUCCGACUGUAAGAAAGUCCUCUCAGCUAAUGAUGAAGUUAAAGAUGAAAACGACUCGACAAAGAGAGUUUCCCUGGCGGACGCCAGUUACAUGUGGAUAGACAAAAAUGGCAGUAGGGUGCUGAAUCCAGAGAGAAUGGAACCGGAUGAAUUGAAAUCUACGCUGCUCCGUUUAUUAAGAACUAAGGAUCAUUUUUACAUUGAACAAUUUGAACAUUUUUACAAUGACACAAUGAAAAGGUUUGAAGAAAAGCCAAAAGCCAUGGACGUUUUUGCUUUGCUUACUUCCGGUUUAGGCCGUGAUUAUCUGAACAGAAAUGACAUCAUCUAUCUUAGUGCUGAUAAAGUGACAUCACUUUCAUAUGUUCUCAAAGAAGGACAACUUCCGGUGACAAUUGAAAAACGAGUAGAACUUUAGUGACUCGUACAAAAGUUUCAAAUACCAUUGCUUCUCAUCCUGAAAUUAUGAAAAAAGCAAUUUAACUCACCUUCUGCAUACGUCAUAUGAUUCCAGUGACAUAUUUUGGAAGGUCGGGAAACCAUUUAGAGGAAUUUCAUGUUUUUCAUGUGCAUGUCACAUUUGGCAUUUUUUUUUUAAAAAAGACAAUAACUAAAGCUUUCGG